AAUUAAAAAUAUGGAGGACACAGAAGUCCGAGAAGUCACAACUUCGGCAGCGAAAACAAACGACCCCGACGGAAGACGCAUGCAAUUAUUGAAUUAUGGAAUCCAAACGUCAAUUAAAAAAUGUUUGUCCGCUGUUAGGUAUGCCAGGAUUGAAAAGGUUCUCUCCCCCAUAGCCCAGUCCAGUCCUGAAAUCCUCAAACAAAUCCACAAACAGAUGGAAUGUCAGUUGCAGACAAAUAUUAUGGAUGAAAUUUCAUCGAUGUUUGAAGAAGAAAAUAUUUCUGGACUGAUGAACAAUCUAGACAAGAUCAUUGAAGAAACGAGUUUAGGUCCCGAUGAGCAGGCAUGGAGGCCGUCUGGUGAUCCGUCGUUAGAUGUAUUACCACAUGUGUAUUCGACAAAGCUCAAGGAGAGGUCGAGUCUGGAGAAGAUUCUCAAGGAAGUGGAAGAUAAAAACCGACAGUUACACGAAGCUCUCAGACCCCGGCAGCAGAGGCUAGAGACUCUGAAGAAGGACGUUCUGAAAGAAUGCCAGUAUUGGGAAGAGGCAGCUGGCGCCAUUCCUGAAGACUACAAACAAAAGAUGGAGAAAUUCAUCCGGACGUGACAAUUGCGAUUAUUUAUUUUGAGGAUAUGAAAGAGACUUGGAACUUGUGGUGGAAUUAAAAAGACUGUUAUGAGUUUAUUGCCAUUGUUAAAAUGUUGUAGACUAAUAAUAAAGUUUGUUUUGUUUAACGACA